AUUGAAUUGGCCGGAACGUCUCUCUAUCGCUCCCAUGAUGUUGAACUUUUCACAAUGUCAAAUUGGGAACGUCUAGCGGAUCUUGGUCAGGAGGUCUUACAGGGUCACCGGAUCCUAAUUUGACUCGGGCGGUGAUAUGUGUUGUUCUGGCACAAGGGAAGGAGAAUCAAUUUAUGCAGACGUGGGAUCGUGCGUUUCUCAAUAAAGCUAUCGUGCUUUACGAAGAGGCCAUGGCCCUAUACCCUUCCGGUGAUCCAGAUCGUCCCCAGGUUAUCCUGAAGCUUGCUGGCGCUCUUCAAGUUCGACAUCUUCUAUUCCAUGACAUGGAACCACUCGAGAGAUCGCUCAGUCUACACAGGUCGGCCUUGGAUGAUGUUUCGGACGAAGAUCGGGCAACCUAUGUAUGUGAGUUAGCAGAGGCCUAUCAUCUAAAGCUCCGGUAUACUAGGAGAAAGGAAGAUGUGGAAGUUGCAGUAACUCUUGGCAAACAAGCACUUAACGAGAGAUACAAACAGUACUAUGAGCUUCCCUCGGCAGAGCAAGCCCUAAAACAUCUCGAGGUUGCAUUGGAGCUCUGUCUGCCUCAUGACACCAAACGUCUUGACUGUCUUGAUGCUCUCGGACAAGCUUUGGCCGCACGCUGUGAACACUCCAACUCUUCGGAUGAUCUCGAGAGUGGUAUCAAUCUGCUCAGAGAAGCGUCCAAAUCAGCUCGAAGUCUGACCCAAAUCGUUGCGCCUAUACCGAGAGCCUAAUUCGUUUGCUCAAUACGCGGUAUGACCGACAUAAGAAUCCUGGAGACCUUCAGCAAAUUUUUUCAUACCUGGAGGAGAUGCUUGGUGAAGACCAUGAUGGCCAAAUGCCCCAUAUCCUCACCCUCUCACAUUACCUCCACGUUCUUCGGUCACGUUACGGCUUGACAAACGAUCCUCGCGACUUGGACAAACUCAAUGAAAUUCGAAGCAGCAUCUUCAACUGGCAAAUCGUCUUUCGAGAUUACCAUGUUAAAGCAUGCCGCCGCCGUAAUGCCCUUCAGCACGCAUUUCGAGACAACGGAGUGAGCAAAUAUUUUUUUACUAGAGGAGACUAUCUCGUUCUCCAGCAUAGACGAUCGCAUUGCCUUAAAAUCAUGGAAGCUCAAAGCUGUCGCCAACAGCAUGAGAACUCCUAUAAUUUACGACUUUUACACAACGUCGAAGCCAUAAUCCACGAAGUGUUGAAUGAUCUUCCUCCUAAUCACAGGGAUCGUCCUCACGUUCUUUCAUAAUUAGCCUCUGCAUACUUUCUGCGGGCUACUCAGCAGAACUCC